CACCACGAUCUCACCUCACUCGCCGACAUUUGCUCUCGCCCGCUGUGCGCUGCAGCAUGCCUGCACCUGCGUCGCACGAUGGCGGCGCGCCCGCCGAGGCGCCGCCCGCGGCGUUGCCCUCUCUGGCCCGCCGCUGCGUCGCUGCCGCCGCCAUUUUCGUCGUCGCCCUCACAGCCGGCUCCAUCUUCGUCUUCCCGCUCUUUGCACCCAAUCUGACGCGCGACCUCGGCCUCACGCUGACUCAGACAAACACCGUCUGGGCGGGCGCCGUCGUCGGCGAGUACUUCUCGGCUGCGCCGUGGGGUGCUCUGGCCGAUCAUCGUGGGCCACGGCCAUUGUGCCUCGCUGCGGCGGCGCUCUUUGGCCUCGGUUAUGCGCUCAUGGCCAGUGCGGACCGCGAUGCGCUGCGGUUGGGCACGGCAACGCCCGGUGCGGCUGCGCUCAUGACGGGCUACUUCUUGCUGGUGGGCGCUGGUGUGGCCGCUAGCUUCUUUGCGUGCCUCACGAGCGCGGCGGCCUACUUCCCUUCGCACCCGUCGCUGGCGCUAUCGCUGCCGAGCACGGUGUUCAGUCUCUCGUCGCUCUUCCUGACGCAGCUUGCCGCGCUGCCAACCUUCACCGAUGUGGAGACGGGCGAUCUCGAUGCUGCGCACUUCCUCGCCUUCCUCGGCGCCAUGCUCGCCGUGGUCAAUGUCCUCGGCGCCUUUGCCAUGGGCGGAGCGCCACGACGCAAGGAUGCUCCGGCAUCUGUCGCUGCAGCAGCAGACGAGGAGCAGACGCCGCUAUUGCGGUCAGGCGCUACAGAGACACAGGCCUCGGGUCCGCUGCCUUACCUCGGCGCAGAGCACCACAACCUUGGCGGCUACGUCAAGUCGCCGGGCUUCCUGCUCAUGUGUCUGCUCGUGUUCAGCUCUGCCGGCGGCGCAGAGAUGCUCAUGAGCUCCGUCGGCUCCAUCGUCGUCAGCAUCAUGUCGAUGCACACGCUCGACGGCACCUCGGAUCCCGAGGUGGGCCGUGAGGAGCUGCGCGUGCGCGCCAGGCUGGUUGGCAUCAUCGCCAUCACCAACACUAUCGCGCGCCUGCUCUCGGGUCUCCUGACGGACCUGCUCUGCCCUUCUCGCCCUCUCUCCGCCUAUGCGCGCUCCUCGAGCAGCACCAGGCACGGCAAGGCACUGCGCGCGGCUGCUCGCUUGCGCGUCUCGCGCGUCACCUUCGUCAUGGGCGCGCAAGUGCUGCUGCUCGCCGCCUUUGUCUAUGCUGCCACGGCGAUGCGCAGCAUCUCUGGUCUGGCCGUCGUAUGCGCUCUGACGGGCUUGGGCUACGGCAUGGUCUUCACUGUCGUGCCCUCAACGAUCCUCAUCGCCUGGGGCCCAUCGCGCUUCGGCCGCAACUGGGGCACGAUGACCUACGCAGCCGCCGCCGGCUCGCUCGGCUUCUCGCUGCUGUUCGCCGCCGUCUCCGACUCAGUUGCAGCACGACAAGACGCGUCGUCCGGCGCAGCGAGCGGCGAGACCGUUGGCGGUGCACUGUGCACCAGCGGCGCGGCAUGUUAUCAGCCCUCAUUCGCCAUUGCCGCAGCCGCAGGCGUCGCUGCCCUCGGCGCGCUCUGGCCUUUAUGGCGAGCAUGGCGGACACGAUUGUAGGGCGCGCAAUGCAGAUAGAACGUGAUGCU